UUCCACCGCUCUGACUUUCAGCUCUUUCAUCUUUGUUUGUUUAAACUUUGCUUUUACUCGUAAAAGACACCAGGUGUCCUUUUUUACAGAUGUUGCUGUUAGUCAUUGAUUGUGAGUCUUGUCGUCACAAGUUUUUGUGAGCUUUCUCUUCCGCUCUCUUCACAAAGCCUGUGGCAGAGAUUUGAGAAAAUAAUAAUAAUCCGGGGACGUUUGGGGAUUAAAGUGUCAGGAAACUCAGUGAUCUUUGUUCCAGUCACACAGCCAGACAUUCACAGGUGUCACCAUCACAAACAUUUGCUGCCACUAUCAAACAUGUUGACUACAUCACUGGAAAGAAGCGUGUGUACAAACAGAGGACUUUCUGACAUGAAAUCAUAGAUGCCAUUUCAGUGAGAUGACACAAGGGAAAAAACCAGAGUUAUCCUGAAUCCUCCACAUCCCCAAAGAUACAGCCUACAGCAUGGACUACACUCUGGCCCUCCUGUUUUCCCUGCUGCAAGUUUUAAGCGUGUGUUCUGCCGCUCCUGUGAAGACGGAGGUAGAGAUGAUGAAGUCCAGAGUUAAGUGGAUGGCAGAGCAGCUGGUUGACAGGCUGGACAAGGACUUCAAGUACCCGGCCAGCCUGACACCUGCGGACCACCUGAAUGGAGCAUCCUCCAUAGUGACGGUCCUGGAUGGUUUCAACAGCCGGAUCUCGGACACCUUUCACAGGGUCCCCCGGGUCAAAGCUGAAAUCUCCUCAUUGACGGGUUACGUGGAUCAGUGGAGGAGGGGGCACUGCAGCGAGUGGCGGCCGAACCCCCCGAUGCCCGAGACGAGGCUGCAGAGUCCGAAAGAGUUCAUUCACACAGCGAGCAUCGAGGCUCUGAUGAGAGUGAAGGAGUUUCUGAAUCUGCUGCUGAGGAACCUGGAUCAACUGGAGACUUGUUGAAAGACAGACAUGAGGACCAAUAUAUAUUUAAGUCGGCAUCAGGGAUGUCGCUCGUGGCCAUAUUUAACUUUUGCAAUGUGUUUUGAAGGAAAUUUCUUCUUGGACAUGCACUUAUUUUUAUACAUAUGUAUUUAUUUAUCUACUUUACUUUUAAAUAUACAUUUUGUACCAAAUAUUGUACCAAAUAUUGUCUUUUUCAUGAGCGUGUCUGCAGCACGGGAAUGUUUGUAUGUAAACAUAUCCUGAGCACGUUUUGCACACUGACACUUCAGCUGCUCAUGGGUUUGUAUUACAUUAACUGUUGCAUCAACAAAAUAGGAAUCUACACAUUAGCUCAGUCCUGAAGUUGACUCAGCACUGUGAGGAGGAGGCAUCACACCGAGCAGUGAUGUCAGCCAUCGGGGAAAGUUGCCAAGAACAACAGGUGUGUUUGUAUGAGAACAGGAAGGGUAAAGGGCAACCUCGACCUCAGUGCAAUAUCAUGUUAUUUAAAUCCAUAGAUUGACAUUUUGUAUAUUUUUGUACAGUUGACAGUAUUUUUUUUUAACUAUUGAGUUUUAAAUAUGAAUAAAUUGUUUGAAAAAAGUUUGUUCAUACAGUGUGUG